AUGCCACCAAUAUAUCAAUUCGAUGAUUAUGACAAAUGCUUGUCAAUCAAUCCGUCCGCUUAUUGUGUAGUUUAUGCAGAGAUUGAACCAAAUCAUUCUUCGCAGCUAUGGAAUCAAAUCGAUAUUUAUUCAAAGGAUAUUAACCGUCAUUUCCGUCACGAUCGUUUACAUUUUGGCGUUUGUGUAGAACGUUGUAAAAGUUUAUUGGAAUCAUUAACGGUCUUUGAGCGACAGCAACUUUAUGAUAGAAGAAUUGGGAAAAAUGAGAUAACAGAAUUCCAAGCUGCACUUUUUAAGGACGAGACUCCAAGAUAUUCAGCCUUUCAAGAAAUGUUGGGAAAAUGUUUGAAUUAUGAUUUUACAAUCAAAUACAAUCUAACGUUAAAAACGAAUAUUGAUUACUGUGAUAGCAAUGAAUUGCCUCAAAAAACAGAUACUUUUGAUAUAGUGGUUUAUAGUAUCUUAGCCAGUUUUGCUUUUGUCAAUGUAUUGUCCUCAUUAUAUGAUUAUUAUUUGCGAUGUCAACAGCCUCAUUAUAAACAAACUUAUGGAUUCUAUGAAACAGAACAUAGCAAUUCAGUUCAUCGUUUGUUAACGUCAUUCUCCAUUUACCGCAACUAUUAUCGUCUAAUGGCUCCAAUAACCAUUUCAAGCAACAAACGUUUACGAUUUUUAAACGGUUAUCGUGCUUUGUUUGUUAUCCUGAAUCUUUUCGGUCACUGUGUUAUGUUCUACACUGGUGUUCAUAUUGAGAAUACACAAUUUUUCGAAGAUUACUUUCAUAAUCCUGUGGUGGCCAUUUUCCAAAAUGGUCCAGUCAUUACUCAAGUAUUCUUUCUUUUAUGCGGUUUCGUAUUGAAAAUGAAAUUUAAUGAGUUUCGUCCAAUAACUCCUGAAGUCACUUACAAAAGAUGUUUUGGAAUUUUCGUCAAAAUUUUAACUCUUCGCUAUUUACGACUGAUUCCAUCGUUGGUAAUUGUUAUGCUAUUUAAUGCUUCUGUAUUACAAUACCUGGGCGAUGGACCAUUUUGGAGACACAUGAUUGAACCGGAACGCGUUUUUUGUCGGGAAAGAUGGUGGCACAAUGUAUUAAUGAUAAAUAAUUAUUUCACUCAUAAACCUUGUUCUCUUCACACUUGGUUUUUGGCAGCUGAUAUGCAGUUAACGGUACUAUUUUUAUUGGUUUUAAUAUUAAUAUCAAAAUUCCCAAAACUGAAGAUAUUAUCCCUUAUAAUGCUAACAAUUAUAUCUGUAGCUAUAACGGCUGCCGUAACCUAUAUCCUAAAAUUGGAAACUUUUAUUUAUUUCAAACCUGAAUCGUUUCGGUUUUUAUUUUUCCUUAAUAUUGAAGAAUUUUAUCAAAGCUAUGUGCCUUUCUAUACUAAUAUGGGCGGUUAUAUUAUUGGUUUCAUAUUAGCCGAUAUAUAUGCAAAUUGUAAAGACAGCGACAGCUUAAACAAAUGGAUUCAAUUAGGUUUUUGGCUCGCAUUCCCGGCGGGAUUUGGCUUUCUAUUUAGUAGAUUAUUUUUUAUAGACAGCGACAUUGAAAGACCAUCGUUAUGGCUCGCUUUAUAUGCUGGCUUAUAUCGUAAAGUUUUCAUUGCGAUCGCCAUGUGGGCUAUAUGGGCCAUGUUCUAUAAAGCGGGAUUCAUUUUGUAUCACUUCGCAAACACGCCCUUCGUACGCACAUUGGGUAGAAUGUCAUUUCAAAUAUAUUUAUGGCAUUUUUCCGUUAUUCGAGUUGUAAUUGGUUCUCAUCGUCAGCCAGUGUUCCUUAGUGAGUCAUUUAUGUUCUUUCAAAUAAUUGUUGUUUUCGUAAUAACGAGUCUGACGGCAUUUGCGAUGACCAUAAUACUCGAAUUUCCGAUGGCAAACGUAAUUAAAUGUAUUUCCGGAAAUGGAAACUUGCAGCCCACCAAAGGGAAAGAGACUGAAAAUAAUUAUCAGCCAUGA